GUUUUAUGGCUUUUGCAUUCCCCAUUCAAAUAUUACCUGUCUAGUUUUCAGCACACUAAUCUUUAGGUUCAGACUAAAUGUUUGUUGUACAAGAAACAUUUUUGCUUGGGAUUAUCUCACACUGGGCUGUUUUGUACAUGUUCAUGCAGAAUUUGCCAAAUCUAAUAACAACUCAGCAUUACAUGUGUUUGAUAUCAUGUUUCAUCCUGUGGUUGAUCUACAUAUUUGAGGUAUUUACUCACCAUGACAGAAAUGAACAAAGUGUGGUACUCCUGGGCUCUCUGGAAUGGCAAUUGUGGCAGCUCAAAUACCAAAAAAUCACCUCCAGAGCCAUGCAGAGGGUAAGGGAGGGCAUGGAAGGAGUUCCUUAAAAUAAUAGGCUGUGAUACUAAUUACAGAGAAAGAUAGCUGUCUGUAAAAUGACAUAGCUUGCUGCUAUAAUACUAUGAUUAACCCUGAGCUAAGCUGCUUGAUACUGCGAGGUAAGCACUAGUCAUGGGAUAAGCACCAGUAAGAACAGUGGAAGCUGAUGUGCACAUUUGGAUCACUACUUCACUGAAUGCUCUAAGCUUAGCAGCCUGAGUGUAUCACCCAUGUAAGGCAGAACUGCGCAGACUUUGGGAGUUCAUAGUCUACAUUAGUGUAACUAAGUAGGACCUUGGGCAGCAUGGAGCUGGCUCUGUGCCUGAUGCUGUGUGCAGUGUUUGUCACACCUGGGUUUGCAGGGGUCUGUCCUGAUGAAGAUCCUGAGCUACUAACCUGGAAUCCUUAUCAUAAUGAAGAAAAUCAUGUGACUAUUGAUGGGCAUAUGAAGAAGGUCCUCACAUCGUCUGCAACUGUACACUCAAUCCAUAUCACUGAAGGGGGAAAACUUUUCAUUAAAGCAAGUAAGAUGCCCAUCAUAAUCCGCACCAGAUACAUACUUAUUGAUAAUGGAGGGGAGCUCCAUAUUGGGAGUGAGAAAUGUCCCUUUCAAGGUCAUCUUACCAUUAUCCUUAAUGGAAGGUCAGAUGAUGCAGAGCCAGCCCAUGAUUACUUUGGCCACAAAUACAUUGGGGUCGGAAGAGGAGGAACACUUGAAAUUCAUGGAGAAAAAAAGAUGUCCUGGACAUUUCUAGAUAAAACACUGCAUCCUGGUGGUCUGAGUGAGGGAGGAUACUACUUUGAAAAGAGUUGGGGUCAUCGAGGAAUAAUUGUUCAUGCAGUUGACCCCAAGACAGGAGAAGUGACUCACUCAGACAGGUUUGACACCUAUAAAUCUAAGGAUGAAAGUUCACGUUUGGCUCACUAUCUUGGAGCUGUAGCAGAAGGGACCAUCCUGACACUUGCUGUAAAUGAUGAGGGAUCUCGAUACUUAGAUGAUUCUGCAAAGAAAGCAAUGACUGAAUUGGGCAGCAGACAUUUCCUUCGUCUUGGAUUCAGACAUCCCUGGAGUUUUAUCACAGUGAAAGGAGACCCAUCUUCCUCUGUAGAAGACUAUGUGGAAUACCAAGGAAGCAGAGGGUCCGCGGUGGCUAAAGUACACAAACUGUUUCAAGCUGAAAACGGUGAACACUUUAACGUUUCUUCAUGCAGUGAGUGGGUUCAGGAUGUGGAGUGGACAGAGUGGUUUGACAAGUAUGAAAAUACUAGGUACAGAGACUGGGAGAAGCUAUCUGAACUGAGAGCUGCUAACCCUGGCAAAAUCUGCACAAAUCCCAUUGACAUCCAGGUAACUACACGCAAUGGAACUAGCAUACCAACAUAUGUUGUCUACAAAGGAGGAUAUGAUUAUAGGUUUGAGUGUCGGCAGAAUGACCAGACACACGGGCAAUGCCCAGACUACAGAGUCCGCUUCCUUUGUGGAAAACCUGUGAAACCCAGGCUGACCAUGAAGGUAGACACUAAUGUUAACAGUACAAUCCUCCAACUUGCCGAUAACGCUCUGACUUGGCGAACGGGAGAUGUUAUUGUUGUGUCCAGUACAGAUUACUCCAUGUUCCAAGCAGAGGAAUUCAAGCUACUGCCAUGCAGAUCCUGUAAACCAAAUCAAGUCAAAGUAGAAGGUACAGCAAAUUAUCUGCAUAUCGGGGAGGAAAUGGAUGGUGUUGACAUGAGAGCAGAAGUGGGUCUACUUAGCAGAAAUAUUGUCAUUCAGGGAGAGAUGGAGAAUAAAUGUUACAACAACACUUUGUGUAAAUAUUUUGAAUUUGACACGUUUGGAGGCCAUGUCAAGGUUGGUUUUGGCUUCAAGGCAGUUCAUAUUGAGGGGGCUGAGCUGAAGCACAUGGGACAGCAGAUAAUGGGACAUUACCCAAUACACUUCCAUACAGCGGGAGAUGUUGACGAAAAGGGAGGGUAUUUCCCACCCACCUACGUAAAGGAUGUCUCUAUUCAUCAUUCCUUCUCUCGAUGCAUUACUGUCCAUGGUUCUAAUGGAUUACUGGUGAAGGAUGUGGUGGGUUAUGACACUCUGGGACACUGUUUCUUCACUGAGGAUGGGCCUGAGGAACGGAAUACUUUUGAUCACUGCCUGGGACUUCUCACUAAAUCUGGAACUCUACUGCCAUCUGACCGAGAUAACAGAAUGUGCAAAACCAUUACUGAAGGUGCCUUUCCUGGAUAUGUUGCCAAACCGAGGCAGGACUGCAAUGCUGUCUCCACUUUCUGGAUGGCCAAUCCUAACAACAAUCUCAUUAACUGCUCAGCGGCUGGAUCAGAAGAAACAGGUUUCUGGUUUGUGUUCCACCAUGUGCCCACAGGACCAUCUAAAGGGCUCUAUCCUCCAGGGCAUUCUGAGCUCACACCCCUAGGGAAAUUCCAGAACAAUCGAGCUCAUUCAAACUACAGGGCUGGCAUGAUCAUAGACAACGGAGUUAAAACAACUGAGGCAAAUGAUAAGGAUAAGAGACCAAUCCUGACCCUAAUUGGAGCAAGAUAUGGCCCACAUCAAGAUGCAGAUCCUUCCAAGCCAAGAGUACCUGCAAUAAUUCAACAUUUUAUUGCCUACAAGAACCAAGAUCAUGGAGCCUGGCUGCGUGGAGGAGAUGUUUGGCUGGAUAAUUGCCAAUUUGCUGAUAAUGGAAUAGGCUUGACUCUUGCCAGUGGAGGGACUUUUCCAGAUGAUGAUGGUUCGAAGCAAGAAAUUAAGAACAGCAUUUUUGUUGGCGAGAGUAAUAAUGUGGGGACAGAAACAUUUGACAACUCGGUUUGGGGACCUGGAGGACUUGACCACAGUGGGAGAACUCUCCCAAGAGGCCAAAACUUUCCAAUUCGUGGCAUUCAAAUCUACGAUGGACCAAUAAACAUUGAAAACUGUACAUUUCGCAAAUAUGUUGCACUGGAAGGUCGGCACACCAGUGCAAUUGGAUUCCGUUUAAACAAUUCUUGGCAGAGCUGUCCAAAUAACAAUAUGACCCACAUCAUAUUCCAAGAUGUACCUAUAUCUUCGAGGGUUUUCUUUGGUGAGCCUGGUCCAUGGUUUAAUCAGUUAAACAUGGAUGGGGACAAGACAACAGUGUUCCAUGAUGUGGAUGGAUCAGUGUCAGAAUAUCCAGGAGCAUUUUUGGUAAAAGAAGAUAACUGGUUGCUUAGACAUCCGGAUUGCAUCGAUGUGCCAGACUGGAAGGGAGCUGUCUGCAGUGGGAACUAUGCACAGCUCUACAUUCAGGCACGAAGACCAGCUGAUGCAGAGAUGAGGAUCAUUAAAGAUGAGUAUCCAGAUCACCCUUUGCACCUAGAGGGAGCGUUGGGUAAAAGCAAUCACUACCAGCAAUAUCAGCCUGUGGUCACCCUGCAAAAAGGCUACACUGUGCAUUGGGACAAAACUGCUCCAGAGGAGCUGACAAUAUGGCUGAUUAACUUUCAAAGGAAUGACUGGAUUCAAAUAGGAUUUUGCUAUCCUAAAGGGACAACAUUUUCCAUCCUCUCAGAUAUCCACAAUCGUCUCACAAAACAAACACACAAAACAGGAACCUUCAUAAGAACAUACCAGAUGGAUAAACUGCAUCAGACUUACCCCGGUCGGGGUUACUAUUACUGGGAUGAGGACUCAGGAUUGCUCUUCUUGACACUAAAAGGUCUUAAUGAAAAAGAGAAAUAUGCAUUCUGUUCUGUAAAAGGCUGUGAGAGGAUAAAAAUUAAGGCUCUAAUACCAAAAGGCUCUGGUAUCAGUGAUUGCCAAGCUUCAGCGUACCCCAAAUAUGCUCAGACUCCAAUGGUGGAUGUUCCACUACCAAAGAAGCUGCAUAACAAUUUGAAUAAAACAAGGGAUCAUUUCCUGGAGCUGAAAGUGGAAACCUACAACACCAGACUCUUUCACCUGAAGGAUGACUUUGCAUACAUUGAGGUGGACAAUAGAAAGUUUUUCAUACAAGAUGAUGGAAUACAAAUAGUUGUUAUAGACGGUGUACACGGGAAAGUAGUAGACAGAGCAAUCUUCAAAACCACCAUUCUCCAAGGAAUCCCAGCUCAGCUUGAAAAAUAUGUAGCCAACAUCAAAGACAACUGCAUCAUGGUUAUUGUUUCCAAGGGAAGACUGUAUAAUAAAGGACCCUGGAUUAAAGUGCUGGGAAAGCUUGGAGCCACCACAGAUGUAAAGCUAAAAGAAAAAAUGGCUUUUGUUGGCUACAAGGGUAAAUUUCAACCCAUAUGGACUAAGAUGGUUACAGACAAUGAAGCAGCAAAGAUUUAUCAAGCAAUCCCAGUGCCUGUUGAGAAGAAAAUGAGAUUAUGAGGAUAAAAGCUGGUCUUAAUUCUGCUAUCACUGCCACAAACAGCGAGGAAAGAUCUUGUCUGUCAAAACGCACAACCUUUCCUUCCAGAGACACUGCCAUAGGCUGUGCGUACUCUUUACAGACUGUAUUGUAGGUACAAUGCCAGUAAGCUUCUUAUACACAUGAUGCCAGCCUGCAAUGUACUCACUGCUGCCCAGUGUGAAUGGAAAACACUCCUGGCACAUAGAAAAGGAUUCACUGAGUAAAAAUACAUUUCAUUGGGUGUCUUUCCCAGAUAAUGUGUAACCCUCUUUAGACCUAUUUGGUAACAAAAGUUUACUCAUGGCACAUUACUUAUCAUUGCGAUCAUUAGUAGUUUUUGUGUGAGGCCUACAGAAUCUUGAAAUUAUUUGCAACAAACUAGCUUGUAAAACUGUUUGACCCGUUUUAUCAUCAUAGAAUGCCUUGCUAUUUAGUGUAUGCCAUGAUAUUGCAGUAAGUGAAACAAACUUCCUAUAAUUCCAUAGGUUUCUGAGAUAACUAGGUAUUGGAGUCUUAUGUCUGUAAAUUAUUUCUUAUAUAAUAAGAAGAGUAAAUAUAUUAAUGGAUGCACCAUGAAGUACACCUUUAGAUGUACAUUUUUUUCUGUCCCAUAGUUAGUAAAUUUAUUUAAAAAAUUCUGCAUCAUAUGAAAUAUAAGGGAGUACUUUUGUUUUUGAGUGUAGUAUUUAUUGUUGGAUUAGAUAACAAUUUCUCUUUGAUUUUGCAACUGGAAACUUUUGCUAAUUGACCAUCCCUAAGGGUAAUAUAUAACCUGAUCAAAAUGUUUAUUUCACAAACAAAUUCCAAAUGAUUCUAUCAGUAAUUGCUUUCACCAUAUGAACAUUCGUUUUUAAGUCUAGUUGCCAGAUUUUGUAAAAUAUAAAACUGAGGAGUAAUUUUUAAACCCUUUAGCCAUUUUUGAGUUUUAUAUUUUUUUUAUAAGUAACAAUUGGUGCUUGCUUUAAUAUGAUGAUGCUAAAUGACUUUUGCCCCUGUUAUAAUGGGCAAUUACAAAUCAAUAAUGUUUACUGCAUCCUCUAUUUAGGCUAUAUGAUUUCAUGCCAAAACUUGCAAUUUACACUCAAAGCAGCGUAGCAUUCUGUGCUAUAUUAAUUUCUAUUAAUCAUAGUGCAAAUGUAAGUGUCAUUGAGUUUGGCAAGAAAUAUCAAACUCAUACAUUCCCAUUGUUAAAUGUAGUUUUAACUGGCACACUGUAAACAUCUGUAACGUCCAAAAUUGUGAGUUAGCUCUAGUCACAGUAUAAUAUUGUAAUGUACUGGAUGUUCCUAAUGGCUCAUGCACAAAUAGAAUAAUGUCAUUUCAUCCCAUACACAGUGAGAUACAAGGGCAAAUAAUAUUCUUUACUCAGUGUAUUGUUGCUUUGCACUAUAAGGUGAUUCUUCAUCCUAAUUUAACAUGAACUCACCUCUAGGGCUCUCUAGAGUAUUUAGUCUUAGAAAAUGUUGACGUGAACACAGAAUUUGCCUGAACAAGCUUUGAUAAUGGAAGAUGCAGACAAACUGCUGUGCACAAGGAUAAAUGAACACAACGUGGUAUUUUCUGGUAUAUAAUAUGAGUGUUCUAGAAUAAAGUCCUUGCUUGUUUGUUUUUCCUGUCACCGAAAUUGCUGGACCUUUUUCGGAAAUAGGUGUGUAAGUACUGUAAUGUGUUUUGUAUGUAAGCAAUAUUUCUUAUAGACUUCACUUGGGGGGGAAAAAGAUAUAUUUUGUAUUUAUUUAUGAAUCAGAAUAUCAGGGAAUGAUCUAGAUAUGUCAUUAUCCUGAAGAUGUAAAGGAUUUGAAAUCAGUGAUUUUCAAAUAUACAGAGACUGUUUGAUUUCCAGUGUCUAAACUGUUGUUAGAUUGUUGUUAGCAAUCAUUGUCUGUUUGAAAUAUCAAAAUAAAUAUAUAAAAAAGAAA